AUGGGGGGCACCUUCUCUUCUGAGGCCGAAGGCCAGGGUCAGGAGAAUGGCCAACAGACUAACAACAAAAUUGCGGAGCGGCCCUCGGCCCUCGUUAUUUGUGGACCUUCUGGGGUGGGAAAGGGAACCCUCAUCAAGAAGCUGAUGGAUGGUUCCCCACUGUUCGGCUUUUCGUGCUCUCAUACUACCAGAGCCCCCCGUGAAGGAGAACAGCAUGGUGUCCACUACCAUUUUGUUUCGAAAGCGGACUUUGAGAAGGGCAUUGAAGAAGGACUCUUCUUGGAAUAUGCACGCGUGCAUUCCAACAUCUACGGAACAUCAUUCCAGGCCGUGGAGGACGUUGCAUCUUCUGGCAAGUGCUGCAUCCUGGACAUUGAUGUACAGGGCGCACGGCUGGUGCGGCGCAGCGCCCAAAAGGCCAUCUUUGUCUUUGUCGCCCCGCCCAGCACAGAGGCCUUGGAGCAGCGCCUGAGGGGCCGCGGCACUGAGAGCGAGGAGCAGGUUCAGGAGCGUCUGCAGGCUGCCAAGGAGGAGAUUGCCAGCAUCAAGGAGCAGGGGCUGUAUGACUACGUCAUCUUCAACGAUGACCUGGAGGACGCCUUUGCUCAGCUGACACUGGUGGCUCGGCGUGCGCUGGCCGGCCAGGUGGGCAAUGGGUCUGGGUCCAUCUCUGGGCCAGUCACCCUGGUUGCUGACGAGGACCCAGCAGCCGCAGCAAGCACUUCAUCUGCAGAGCCUCCUGCAGAGCCCCCAGCUGAUCAAGCCAAUGUGCGCCCACUUCCUCUGCCCUGUAUGUGCAAAAGCUGGGGUGUUGAUUGA